UUUCAGUCGUGCGUCAAGCAUACAACUGGAUAGAGUAGAAAAAAAUUAAGGAACGAUUUCCACAACGAUGCCUUACAAACGCCGUGCCGCAACGCCCAAUGGCAGUCAGGAGGCACUCGAUGGUGUGCCCAGAGCUCGAAGACAUCACAUUUAUGGCAAAAAUAGAUUGUUUCCUCUGAACAAGCGAUCCAAGGCGGAGCAGCAUGGCUUGGCAACGAUUCGCCAGCAGUUAAAUACUGAUUUCCAAGAUGAAGUGGAGGCGACGGCACUGUCCAUGGUGGCAGUGGAGAAUCGUUUGGACAAUUCGGAGCCACAGCUGCGCAUUGAGAGCCCUCCAGCUCAUUGGAUGCAGAAAUAUCGGAAAUACUUUCUGAUUUUAGUGCUGCUCUUACUACUGCCUAUUGCCAUAGUUUUUGGCUACACCUUCUACCUGCGUUUCUUCUACGAGGACACGCCGGAGAAACGCUUCGAGAAUAAGAUGGAGAGCGCAGACAUGCCACUGAAGCUACUCUUCCGCGUGCUGAGAUGGGUCGCGGGAAAGGAGAUCUUUUAA